AUGAAGGGCACAGGUACCCCAAUCCGAGGAAAGAGCAACGGAGGAGCAAAUUUGUGUUAUGUUCCUGACUCCAUCUUCUGGUGCUGGGAUGCAUCAUGGCAGCUUCUCAGGAAGACUCAGCCAAGGACUCAGCCAAACUUCUUUCAGAAUGCCGGCAGUAUCAAUAACAACAGCAAAGAUGAUGACAGCUUCAGUGGCAAUGGGGUCAGUAGCUGUGGACUCUGUGUGGACAGGACCUCCAGCCGCGGGGCUUCCCGCCGCUCGGGAGCCGCGGCCGGGCCUGUCAGCGGCGCGGCCCCUGCCCGCGGCGGCGGAGAGGCGCUGGGGCGUCCCGGUCUCCGGCGCGGGCAGCGAGCGGGGGAGCGGCUCCGGGCCGAGGUUUGCAAAGGCCGGCUGGGGACGAGCUGUGGCGCUCGGCAGACCCGCGGUGAUGUGCUGCGGACCGGCGACACCGAGGUGCUCUCGGUGGAGGGAACGUGUUCCUGCGGCCCCAGAAACUUGUGGAGGUACCGGCAGCAGUUAAGCGUGCGAGGAAGCGGGUUUUUCAAUGUAUUUUUUCCUGUCUCUUUUUUUUCCCCCUUCUUUUUGUGGUUUUUACCAGUGCCCGCGGCAAUUACUUUUUUUGCCGCCACAAUGUUAAGGUUUUUGCUCGAAAAAUGUAUGUUCUAUAAAGCAAUCUCUUGUGCCUUUCAGUCUACAGAAUUUGUGGACAAAUGCAUAGGUCCACGCGUUCAUAUUGUGAUGAAGACUGAAGAAAUUGUUGGAACACUUCUAGGAUUUGAUGACUUUGUCCAUAUGGUGUUAGAAGACGUUACAGAAUUUGAGAUUCCAUCUGAGGGCAGAAAAAUCACAAAGCUAGACCAGAUUUUGCUAAAUGGAAAUAACAUAACAAUGGGGGUUCCUGGAGGAGAAGGACCUGAAGUAUAAAUUGAUACAGUUGUCAUCUGUGAAGACAUGUUUUUUAUAUGUGUGUGUGUGUGUAAUCUAAACAGAGCUUUUGGGGUAAUGGUGUGGGUGGGUUUUGGUGUGGGUUGUUUGUUUGUUUUGUUUACAGACUCUUGGAAUUGACAUUUGAUAUAAGAGAAGGAUUUCCCCUUCAGGAAAGGUGCAUCGCUAAUGAUAAUGCUGAUUUAGUAAGUUGAAAUCAUUACUUUCUUGUAAAGACACACUAAUUUGUUCUGAAUAAAAGCCUUUUUUUUUUGUUCUCUUUGUGUUCUGUUAUGUAAGUGCACGAGUGAGUUAGUUUUCCAGCUGGUUGAUGGAGUGGAAAAAUAAUAGUUACGUUCCAGUUGCUGUCAGUCUUCAGUUUUUCUACAUCUAUUGCAUUUGUUUAUGGCCCAAGUCUAUAUAAAACUCAAAUCGUGAGCCAAGAGAUUGCUAUUCUUUGCAGUACAGGCAGAUACUAAGCUGCAUCAUUUGUUUAAACACUGCUUCAGGCUGUGUCACCAGAAACCAUGUGGUAGAGUGCUGUAGAAUUCUGAAAGCUCUUCAAAGUGGAUGCAUCUGUUUGAUGCUCAGCAGCCGUUGGUUCUGCUGGCCUUGAGGUUCAGCACUCUUGGACUUGUUUUGCUUGGCAGAUGUACUUUCUUAUAGUAAAGGCAUUGUAGUGGUAUUUGGCGAGUGAGGACAGACAGACCAGACAUCGUUCAUGUCCGGGGGGCCGGGGCAGGAAGGUUGGUGUUCAAACUUCUCAUUCCUGUCAGUGGUGACUCUGCUUGCACCACUAAGUGGUGCUGUAUACAUAUACUUAAUUAAAUUGGGAGCUGCCUGUGCCUGCCUGCUUGUGUAGUUCUGAGUAGUCAUUUUAGAGAAAACGUUCUUUUGGCUGCAUUUGUUCUCCUGUGAUACAAAAACUUGACAGCUAUUGGGGGCAAGUACUACUUCAGGAGAAUUUCUAUAAAGUAAGAAAUUGCUGGUUUUAUUUUGUCAUGAUGGACAAAAAAAUAACUGAUUCUAAAUUAUGUCCACUGCAGCUUAUGCUUCCGUAACACACUACUCAACUGAUUUCUGUGUGUAAAUGUCUUUGGAGAGGAAUCACAGGUGCCUGCUGUUACUAUAGGGACAAGCAGUAUGGGCUCACAGGAACAGAACAUGCUUUGCCUUCCCAUCACCAGAAUAAGAAAGAAAGAGUUGAAGAAGGGCGCUCAGGAGCAAGAGGCUGCAAGGAAGUUGCUGUACUUGAUCCUUUUGCCUUGCUUUAUCUGACAGAAAAGCUGCCUUCUGCUAGUUGGGUCUUGGCUUGAAAUACAAGGGGAAAGAGACUCCCACCCCUCUCCCAGGGAGUGUGCUACUUUUGACUCACUUGUUCUGACUACGUGAUCUGCAGUUACAAUAUUUAGAUUGCAUGGUGACAAUCCAUACCACUGACUCCCUGAAUGGUUUUUCAUUUCUGUCCCCACUUCCUUCUCCAGCUUUUUUCAAUACAUCAAUUU